AUGCCACUUCCAACAUACAUCGAGUUCACCAACCGCCACCUCUUCUCCGCAAUGGAACAGGACCAAGACGACUACGCCGAACUAUGCGCCAUUUGCCAAGAUCCCUUCUCCUCCCCCGUCGAAACAACCUGCGGCCAUCUCUUCUGCUACCGCUGCGCCCACUCCUGGUUCUCCACCAAAGCUACUUGUCCCAACUGCCGUCAACUUCUCUACGACGAAUCGACCAGACCUCGCUGGAUCGCCACCGUGGAAAUCUUCCCCUUCGACAGCCUAGAUUUCGACAUCGACCAAGAUAUCGUUCUGGAGAGAUUAAUCGAACUAACUCCCAUCUUCGAAGAAGACGAGAUAGAAUUCGACGAUACCUCGAUUCGAGUGGACUAUGACAACCUGUUAGCAGUUGCCGUCGCAGCCACUGCUUGGGGAUAUGAGCAACUUGACGAAGACAAUCAGCUGCGUGGAGAAGAGCUCCGUAAAUUGCGGAAAGCAUAUUUUACAGCCGUGAGCAAAGUGCAAGGAGUCCUUUGGGAGCUUCGCGGUGAAGUCAUCACGUCAAUGAGAUUGUGGCGUCUACUUCGUGACCCGUUCUUUGAUGAGGACUCGGAUUGCGAGGAUAGUGGAGAUGAAGCAGAGGACGAGGCAGAGGAAGAGGGUCAUUUGGAAUAUAGAGAUAACGAGUAUGAGGAUAAUGAUCCUUCUGAAGUUGAAGGCGAAGCCGACUUCGACGAUGAGGGUUCCGACGAGGAUUACGGUGGGCCGUCAGCAGCAGAAGCAGCUCAGGAGAAACUGGACACCGACCUUCAGAAUAUGCUGUCAUACAUCUGCCAGUACGCGACGGUCCACCAUCAAGCAAUCCAUUGGUAG